AUGCCGCUCUCUGAUAAGAAUAACGUAUGUUACUAUGUCACAGAUGACGAGUUGUUUGAUGUAAUUGACAGUGUUCAUCGUGAGUGUGGUCAUGGAGUACUUCAAUCGGACAAUGGCAGAGAGUUCGCCAACCGCAUUAUUGAAGAAUUGAAAACCAUGUGGCCUGAGUUAUCUAUAGUACACGGUAAACCGCGGCAUUCCCAAAAUCAGGGUAGCGUAGAGCGGGCAAACCAAAACGUACAAAAAAUCUUGUUUGCGUGGCUGGAGGAUAACAAGACCAAUCGUUGGAGUGAGGGGCUUAAGUUCUGUCAACUGCAGAAAAAUUGCGCUUAUCACACUGGAAUACGACAAACUCCAUUCGAAGUCAUGUUUGGAAGAAAAGCUCACGUAGGAAUACAGACUCUACCAGAUUCUAUAAAAAAGAUUCUCCAAACUGAGGAAGAAUUAGAAAGCACUUAUAUAAAUCUAUCAACAGAAGAGAACGAAAAUACAUCUGUUGUUCCAAAACAAGACGAUUCCAAUCCAAUUACAAAUCCC